CCACCUAAAUAUAUACAAUACCUCCCUAAAAUACAACCUUUAAGACCGUCACUCAGUGUUGACACUGGAUUGUUUGGUUCAUUCAAUUCUAGUUCAUCAGUUUUAAAUAAAGUUGCGAAUGAAACUGGUGAAACUGAAUAUAAUAAUCAAUGA